AUGUUGACAUUUAGCAAUUGCAACGCGACUCCUGUGGAUGGGAAGCUCCUGGCUGACGAUGGUACCGUUUUGGCCCCAAAUGAUCAUGUCUAUCUCGUCUGUGAACCGCCUGGCGAGCCGUAUUAUGUUGGCCGUAUCAUGGAAUUUUUGCACAUUGGAAAUGAUGCUUCCAAACCAAUCGAUGCGCUACGUAUCAACUGGUAUUACCGGCCCAAGGACAUUGGACGUCGCGUGCAGGACACCCGUCUCCUCUUUGCGACAAUGCACUCGGAUAUAAGCCCUCUGACUGCGUUGCGUGUCUUGGACGAACGAUGGAAAUUCGUCCUGGUCGAGCAAGGCCGUGGAAAGGAAUUGACAUCGGCGAUGAAGCUGUGCAAGAAAUGCGGAGCCUAUUGUGCAAGUAAUGACUCCGUGGAUUGUUCCGACUGCAAGCUUACCUACCACAUGAAUUGUGUAACACCUCCGGUCACUAAGAAACCCUCGCGAGGGUUUGGGUGGUCGUGUGCCGCAUGUAGUCGCAAGCAUGAAAAGAAGCUCCACGCUCGAAAUACUCCUAACAUUCUUGACCCCGAUGGGGACUUCGAUGAGGAGGAAUUUAACGAAGAGGAAGAAGCGAUUGGAACCACGCAAACUGGCACCCCUCUCUUGACGCGGAUGACGAUGCUCAUAUUCAAGGGUCUCCCGAACAGAUCUACCAGGCCAGCCUACUACGACGACCGCAUUUACCCUCGAGCCAGUUCCCGUAUCGGCCCAAAACACCAGGCGAACGUUUUAGCUUGGCCCGGCCGACCCGUGAUCUACGAGCCCGUCCUUGAGUUCAAGAGGGCUGGAAAGAGAGACACGAAACUCUCAAAGGAGAACCAGGCUGCCCUUGAGGCGCAGAAACUUCGUCGGGAAACGCGGCCGAAAUGGGUGCAGGACGAGCCCCCGGCUAUACGACUAGAGGCGAAGACCACGAUGCUGAUGACCCGAACUAGUUCCACCAACCUUCAGAACAUCGCCUUGGUUACUCUAUACUCGCAUGAUUUUGAUGUCGAAAAAGCUUUAGAUGCCCUCUCUAAAACUGAUUUGGAUGCCUUCAAAGAGCCCAACCUGACCACCGCCGAGCAGAAGAAAUUCGAGGAAGCUGUCAUGAAGUACGGCUCUGAGCUUCACACCAUCACGAAGCACGUAAAGACUUUGAAACAUGGCGACAUCGUGCGGCAUUACUAUAUUUGGAAGAAGACGGAACGAGGAAAGCAGAUUUGGGGCGAUUACUCGGGGCGAAAGGGCAGAAAGGAAGCAAAGAAAGCCGAGGAAGAAGCCAACAAGCUCCAGGAAGACCUUGCGGAUGAUAUGGAUGACUCUGCUUUCGACUCAGAAAAGGCUAUAAUAAGAAAGAAGAACUUCAUCUGCAAGUUCUGCUCGACCAAGUCUUCUCGUCAAUGGCGUAGGGCUCCUGCUACCGCGAGUAGCUCGGAAGGAAUCCCUAAAGCGUCCUCCAAAGACAGGAAGGAACAAUACGUUGUGGCUCUUUGCCGGCGCUGCGCCGAACUCUGGCGCCGCUACGGUAUUCAGUGGGAGGACAUCGAGGAAAUGGCGAAGAAGGUGGCACAGGCUGGUGGCCGUGCCUGGAAGCGCAAGCAGGAUGAAGAACUCUUGAAAGAGCUGAUUCCGGCGAAAGACCUUCCUAGCCUUUCGCCUCCGGCGCCCGAGCCGGCGCCAGCCCAGGUCAGCGCAAGCGCCACGAAUGCAUCUCACAAUGGAGAGCCGCCUCGCAAGAAACUGAAGAGCUCUGCUGAGGAACGCAUCUCACUCAAUUAUAAGUGUGUUCUCUGCCCUAUUGAGUACACCGAGCACGAUUUUGUCGGUUACCCUAAAGCGUCGAGCGCCACCGGUAAAAAGAAGUCUGACAAAGACCGGGAUCGUGAGAAGAGCGAGAGGGAUCAGGCCCAGAAAGCGGCCGACUAUCAUCGCAAGAAACAGGAGGAGACCAACCGCCCGGUCAACCCCCGUGAGCCCCUCAAAAGGACGGCAGACAAUAACUGGGUACACGUGACAUGUGCAAUGUGGACUCCCGAAGUAAAUUUCGGGUCUGGCGAGGCCAUGGUCCCGGCUGAAGGAAUUCCCUCAAUCCCUCGCUCACGGUUCGAGGAGGUGUGCAUAGUGUGUAAUAAAGCCGAGGGCGCAUGUGUCUCGUGCAAUCAUUGCCGAACACCUGUCCAUGUCGAAUGCGCGAGGCAAAAUGACUUCGUCCUGGGCUUUGACAUCACGCCAAUUAAAGGCUCAAGACGGGACCAGUUCCACAUUGUCACUGUUGGUGGCGAGAGUGGAGUUAUGUCCGCCGGGCUCUGGUGCAAGGACCACGCGCCAACCAAGACGAUUAUACACCAUAUGCACGACCUGGUGGGCGAUGACGCGCUGAAUGCCAUACAAUUCUAUUCGCAAAAUUUCAAGCAGGCCGACCAAACGAUCAACGACACUGUCCGUAAAGCUAACUUGAUCACGGCAGCGGCCAAGUCAGUGGGAGGCGCCGCAAGCACGGGGUCCGGCGGGCAUCAACAACGGCCUUGCCUGUCAACGGUGCACCUGCCCAGCGCCAGUCGAAUGAACCGGGGAUUCAGGUGGACACACAGAGCCUGGACAGCAAAAUAUGCAUCACUUGCGGUAUCGACGUUAGCCCGAAGUGGUGGACUGUUGACGUGGAUCAGGAUGAGCCGAUGGUGA